UAUUUAAAGCUACCUUGGAGCUGCUAUAUUGGACAAGCUCAUGGGUUCUGUUUAUGGGAAAAUGCUCAUUUCUGCUUUCAUUCAUUUGCUACAAGCAAUUUGUAGACAACAGUUUUACUCCUAUUUUGGGUGCUUUGUCUCCUUCCCUUGUAUUCAGUUCCGGGAGUUGUCUGUAGGGACCGUAGUUUGAGCCGUAGGGCUGGUAUCCAGGAUAACUGUUGUCUUCAUUGCUUGAUCUAACUAUGCUGCGUAUCGGCUUUAAAUGAUUGGAGGACAUGUUUGUUUCUCAUGCAUAAAUGCAUUUUAAGCUUUUAUUUGCUGUGUCAUUCUCUCAGGGUGUCACUAUUCCAUCUUUUCUGACCAGUAAUUGUGGGCAUUGGCUGUAUCAAAAAUCUUGGUAUAGAGUAUUCUAGUUCAGUAUAGGCUAACUUUACGUUCCUGGUACCUGGCGUGAGUACUCUAGUACUUUUAGGUUUGAUUGAAUUGGAAGCUUCGGAUGUUUGUUGGCCAACCAUGAAUUUGGCUAUUCCUACUAAAGUAUUUUAAUUAGAUGCUUCCCUAUUCCUCUAUUCUUGACUUGAUGGUGUUUAUAUGCCCUUCAGAGAUUCAGCGAAUAUUGAUAUCAACAACCCUGGGUCUUAAUGGUGUUUACCACUCCUCAAUGCCAUUUUAUUUUGAUAAUAAAUGACUGGAAACUGAUAGCUGAACCACGGUUGGUUGUUUUCAACUCCGUUUUGAUGUCCACUCAUUUUAAUGUCUCUCUUUGCAGUUUGGAUGAGGGGGCUUUACAUCAAUGAAAUAUAAAGACUAAAGAAGCUCUUUUUCCUAACAAAGCAUUAAGGUGGUAAUAUAUGAAGCUCCAGACAGAAGUUGCCAUUGCUUAUCUUAUCAGCUUUAUCUGGAUUCUGCAAAUUCAUUGCGAUGAACUUUCUAGUACUUCUAGCAGAAACAAAUGGACAUGUAAAUGUUCUUCCUACCAUGGAAAUCAGAGUUAUACUGUUAAAUCCAACUGUUCCACAGCCUGUGAUUGCAUUCCAGAUGCUGGAGGAAGUGGAAGCACAUGGACGUGUACAUGCACUGCUGACGGGUUUCCUAAGUUAGUUUCUGACAAUGUUGAUAGAAACUGUUUUACAGCUUGCAACUGCACGUCUGGAUCUCUCAGCACGGCACAAGUCUCAAAAAAGCACAUUUCAAGCAAAGUUGUUGUGAUUAUUCUAUUACUGUGUGCCAUUCUCACAACUUUUGCAUUUCUUGCCUCUGCCAUUUGCUAUGUCUAUCGAAGGGACAAGUUCUCAUCAGACAAGGAAAAAAAUUGCGAUAGUGCUACCAACUUAAUAAGUCUUAGGACUUCUUCAGCACUACAGAGCAAAUUUUCUAUAGAUAUUCCCACAAAUCCUUUUACAGGAUGCUUUCAGAAGACUUCUUUGUUACUUAGAAGCAAAACAGGGAAUACACAUGGAACCAUCAUCCAAUUUUCAUAUUCUCAAUUGGAAAGUGCAACCAGAAAGUUCUCGAACUCUAAUCUUAUUGGAGUUGGAGGAAGCAGCUAUGUUUAUCGUGGUCAGCUCAGAAAUGGCAGAAUUGUGGCAAUUAAGCGGCUAAAAACUCAGGGGGGACCAGAUUCAGAAUCUCUAUUUUCAACGGAGAUUGAACUAUUAUCCAGACUUCAUCAUUGUCAUGUGGUGCCUUUGCUUGGCUACUGCUCAGAAUCCAUGGGAAAAAAUGCUGAGAGGCUUCUGGUAUUUGAGUACAUGCCUAAUGGUAAUUUGAGAGAGAGUUUGGAUGAGGGCUCGGGUAGAGAAAUGGAUUGGCCUACUCGAGUUGCAAUUGCAAUUGGAGCUGCAAGAGGCUUGGAAUAUCUUCAUGAAGCAGCUGCUCCAAGGAUUCUGCAUUGUGAUGUCAAAUCAACAAACAUUCUCCUGGAUGAUAAUUGGAGAGCGAAAAUAACUGAUCUUGGUAUGGCUAAAUUCUUAAGAGCUGACGGUCUCCCCAGCUGCUCCAAUUCUCCAGCAAAAAUGCAGGGGACUUUUGGCUAUUUUGCACCAGAGUAUGCUAUUGUCGGAAAAGCCUCACCCAAGUCAGACGUUUUCAGUUUUGGGGUAGUUCUUCUUGAGCUUAUUAGUGGUCGGCAACCCAUCUAUAAAUUGAGCUGCAACAGAGAAGAAAGCCUUGUCAUUUGGGCUACCCCUUGUUUACAGGAUAGCAGGCGAGUAAUUACGGAGUUGGCUGAUCACAGUUUAAAUGGGAAUUUCCCUGAAGAAGAAAUGCAGAUAAUGGCUUACCUAGCAAAGGAGUGCCUGCUUUUGAAUCCUGAUGAUCGACCGACCAUGGGUGAGAUUGUUCAAAUCCUUUCAACAAUUGCACCUGAUAAAUCCAGAAGGAGAAACCUUCCUGUAUAUCUUUACCAGAGGUCAUCCCCUCAUAGGAUAAGGAGUGAAUCCUUCAUUCAAAGGCAUACCAAUCAAAUGGAGAAGAGGCCAGUCCCAUCCAGUAAACGUUGUUCACUGCAGUUGUCAGGUCCUAUUGAUGGUGAGGAGACAAGGCCAGCCCCAUCAAGUAAGGAAUCAACUCCUUGUUCCCCAGCGGUAGAAGUUGAUAGUAUAGUGUGUGUUGGGGACGAUAGCAAUGAAGCAGAUCAUACUUCGCCCGAGUAUAUAAAGAGCCUGAUACUCGAGACUUCGAACAGUUCAAGUUGGCAUGCCUCCAAUGAUGAAGUGGACUUAACUGAGCCACGGUUUGAAUCAUUUUGGAUGGCCAAUAUUAAGACCCCUUGAUGAAAGCAACCUGAUUAGUGCAGAGGUUGGCAAAAAGAUGGGAAAAAACUCAUGCUAACAAUGUUUUUGGUGGUACAAGUUUGUUGAAGUACUUUAAUGCUUGUAGAUAUAUGUGUAUAUAUAUUAUCUGGGCUUAUUGGUUUCAGAUUGCUCAAAGAAGAAGCAAGCUGAUUUUUUCUCUGUUUAUUUUCUUCUUAACUGUUUUUGUCUUUCCUUUAAAGAAGAAGGGCACGUUACAGGCUUUCUUGUAAACGAAAUAUGAACCCAGGAAUAUGAAA